UGUUUAGAUUUACCGUGAGAUUCUUGGAGAAUCUAAUUAUUUUAUGGUUCAAACCCAUUCCCGACUAUGGUGUAAUUAUCAUUUUAGUGACGCCAGAAAUAAAGUAGGGCCCUGGUCCCAAUGACUUACUAACUCUGUGCUGCUCUUGUCUGUGUAGGGUUAAACCAAAGAAAGUGAUUAAGAAGAAGAUCACUAAGAAAGUUGAAUCUGAAGAGGAAGAAGAGGAGGAGGAGGAAGAACCAGAACCUCCAAAGAAACCCUCUAAAAAGAAACUUCCUUUGAAAAAACCUUCCUCUAAACAGAAGCCGUCCAAAUCUGCUCCGGCAGAGGAGGAGGCUGAACCUGAAUCAGAGGAAGAAGAAACAGAGGAAGAGGAGCAAAUGGCAAUUAAGGUUAAACCAAAGAAAGUGAUUCCGAAGAAGAAAAUCACUAAGAAACCUGUAGAAGCAGAAGACGAGGAGGCUGAAGAUGAACCAGAACCUCCAACAACAUCUUCUAAGAAAAAGGUUCCUAUUAAGAAAGCUUCCGCUACAGCUCCAAAACAGAAGCCGAGUCGUCCUAAACCUCCUAUAGAGACUGAACCAGAAAAAGAAGAUGUGGAUGGAGAGGAGGUUCAGUCAGAGGAGAGCACGGCUCAGCAAGAUGCAACUAAAAAGAAAAUAGUCCCAAGAAAAAGAGUAUUGAAAAGAGGAAAAGGCAGAAUCCAGAAUAAGAGGUGAGAUAUCUACACAUCCAUAUUGGCACAAUUUGACCCAAAAUGUGUGUGGG